AUGGACAAAGUGGACACAUCGAAAUGGACGUUAGAGAGUGCGGUGACGAUGGAGAGAGAAGACAAUCAGAGAGUGAUUCUAUCGACUCAGACGGUUCAAGAGUACGGUGAAGGAUCGGAAUACGGUAAGGCGGCACGUGAGGAGGCGAGACGAAAGAAGUACGGACGGCAGUCGAAAAGCUACAAACUCGACAAUCAACCGUGGAAACUCACGUUCACCGAACCAGAAGGACGACAGCGACAGAUGCGGGGAAUCAGAGAGGGCGGAGCCAAUGAGCACGCAGACUACUGGGUUUUUUUGAAACCACCAGGCUCUAGCGAGUUUAAGGAAAUUCAUGAGGAAAUUGAAAUUCAGGCGUACAAAGUGGACGAAUGGCACAAAUUUCUGCCAGCGAUCACGCAUAAAACGCUAGAUAUCGAUCAGGCGGAAGAGCAAUUCUCUCAACGAAACAAAGUGAUGAAUCAGUUCGCACUGAAAGCGGCGAUUCAGAAUCAGCUGAAUGCGACGGACGAUUCGGAAAUGACGGAGCAACAGAAACGACUUUUGAAGAUUAAAGACGAAGGGAGUUCUGAUGAUUCAGAUGAUGGGGACGAUGACGGAGAAGGCGGAGAUGAGAAGAAGGCGAAGAAUAAGAAGAAGAAGAAGAAGAAGAAUUUGAAGCCGGCGAAAGAGAAGAGACAGAGAGUCGAGAAUAGUGAUGAGGUUGCCACCCCAAAAAUGUUGCGCCUUGUGUCUCGACAAGCGUCCGCAAUGCUCCGCCCAUCCAGCUUCUUGACGGCGGCAGGCGGUGGACUCAGUGACGAUGUCCGUCAACGAAUCGCCGGAAUCGUGAAGAAGGACGACGUCGUCGUGUUCAUGAAGGGAACACAACAGGAACCGGCUGCGGAAAUGUCAAAUUGCAUAUUGACAGAAAACUGUAGUCUCGGGCAUCUGGUGAGACAGAUCUACAGACAGAGAGAUGAAUGGAACACCUGGAUUCACACUUUUUCUUCAUUUCAGGCGAACAAGGAGCAUCUGAAGGCGAUGUUGAAACUGGCGAAGAACUAUAAGAAGGCGUUGGAAGACGAGAAGAACAUGACGGAUCAGGAGCUCGCGAUCAAGAACGUCGGAAAAAUGGAUCCAAAGCGACAUAUCGCUGAUGAAGUGAGCAAGAUGCUCAACGAUAAUAUUGUGCAAAGUCUCGCUGGAAUGAUGGCCACCACUUCCCUCCAAUAA